AUGAUCAUACAGGAACUGAAAUUAUUACACACAUUUAUAGUAACAGGAAGAAUGAUCAUACAGGAACUGAAACUAUCGCAAACACUGAUAGUAACAGGAAGAAUGAUCAUACAGGAUCUGAAACUAUCGCAAACAUUGCUAGUAAUAAGAAGAAUGAUCAUACAGUUCCUGAAACUAUUGCAAACAACGAUAGUAACAGGAAGAAUGAUCAUACAGGAUCUGAAACUAUCGCAAACAUUGAUAGUAACAGGAAGAAUGAUCAUACAGGAUCUGAAACUAUCACAAACAUUGAUAGUAACAGGAAGAAUGAUCAUACAGGAACUGAAACUAUCGCAAACAUGGAUACUAACAGGAAGAAUGAUCAUACAGGAUCUGAAACUAUUGCAAACAUUGAUAGUAACAGGAAGAAUGAUCAUACAGGAUCUGAAACUAUUGCAAACAUUGAUAGUAACAGGAAGAAUGAUCAUACAGGAACUGAAACUAUCGCAAACACUGAUUGUAACAGGAAGAAUGAUCAUACAGGAUCUGAAACUAUUGCAAACAUUGCUAGUAAUAAGAAGAAUGAUCAUUCAGGAUCUGAAACUAUCGCAAACAUUGCUAGUAAUAAGAAGAAUGAUCAUACAGUUCCUGAAACUAUUGCAAACAACGAUAGUAACAGGAAGAAUGAUCAUACAGGAUCUGAAACUAUCGCAAACAUUGAUAGUAACAGGAAGAAUGAUCAUACAGGAACUGAAACUAUCGCAAACAUGGAUACUAACAGGAGGAAUGAUCAUACAGGAUCUGAAACUAUCGCAAACAUUGAUAGUAACAGGAAGAAUGAUCAUACAGGAACUGAAACUAACGCAAACAUGGAUACUAACAGGAAGAAUGGUCAUACAGGAUCUGAAACUAUUGCAAACAUUGAUAGUAACAGGAAGAAUGAUCAUACAGGAUCUGAAACUAUUGCAAACAUUGAUAGUAACAGGAAGAAUGAUCAUACAGGAUCUGAAACUAUCGCAAACACUGAUUGUAACAGGAAGAAUGAUCAUACAGGAUCUGAAACUAUUGCAAACAUUGCUAGUAAUAAGAAGAAUGAUCAUUCAGGAUCUGAAACUAUCGCAAACAUUGAUAGUAACAGGAGGAAUGAUCAUACAGUUCCUGAAACUAUUGCAAACAACGAUAGUAACAGGAAGAAUGAUCAUACAGGAUCUGAAACUAUCGCAAACAUUGAUAGUAACAGGAAGAAUGAUCAUACAGGAUCUGAAACUAUCGCAAACAUUGAUAGUAACAGGAAGAAUGAUCAUACAGGAACUGAAACUAUCGCAAACAUGGAUACUAACAGGAAGAAUGAUCAUACAGGAUCUGAAACUAUUACACACAUUUAUAGUAAAAGGAAGAAUGAUCAUACAGGAUCUGAAACUAUCGCAAACAUUGAUAGUAGCAGGAAGAAUGAUCAUACAGGAUUUGAAACUAUUGCAAACAUUGAUAGUAACAGAAGAAUGAUCAUACAGGAUCUGAAAUUAUCGCAAACAUUGCUAGUAACAGGAAGAAUGAUCAUACAGUUCCUGAAACUAUUGCAAACAACGAUAGUAACAGGAAGAAUGAUCAUACAGGAACUGAAACUAUUACACACAUUUAUAGUAAAAGGAAGAAUGAUCAUACAGGAUCUGAAACUAUCGCAAACAUUGAUAGUAACAGGAAGAAUGAUCAUACAGGAUCUGAAACUAUUGCAAACAUUGAUAGUAACAGGAAGAAUGAUCAUACAGGAUCUGAAACUAUCGCAAACAACGAUAGUAACAGGAGUAAUGAUCAUACAGUUUCUGAAACUAUCGCAAUCAACGACAGUAACAGGAAGAAUGCUCAUACAGGAACUGAAACUAUCACACACAUUGAUAGUAAAAGGACCAAUGAUCAUAUAGGAUCUGAAACUAUUACAAACAUUGAUAGUAACAGGAGGAAUGAUCAUACAGUUCCUGAAACUAUCGCAAACAUGGAUAGUAACAGGAAGAAUGAUCAGACAGGAUCUGAAACGAUUACAAACAUUGAUAGUAACAGGAGGAAUGAUCAUACAGUUUCUGAAACUAUCGCAAACAACGACAGUAACAGGAAGAAUGCUCAUACAGGAACUGAAACUAUCACACACAUUGAUAGCAAAAGGAACAAUGAUCAUAUAG